GUUCAUGUCAAUUAUAAAUCUGUCGUACACAAUUUUUAAAAGAAGAGAAUAAAAUUUUCUAUAGAAUUUGGGAAACAUUGUUAAGUUAUCUUGAAGACAAAUGUCCAUGUCUUUCAUAGAAAUCUAAUAUAACACAAAAGGAUUACGAAUAGCUCACGACUCAAGCUAUGUACGUUUGGGUAAAUAGUUAUCGGAAUCGAAAAAUUUGAAAAACCACUGAACCAGACACGUACGAAGUACCUCCAAUGUGGGUGCCACUUCUCGCUUUCGUUCUCAUCGUGCUGCAUCAGGUGCCCUCGAUCGCCAGCCUGUUUGACGCCUUUCAAGACCAGUUGGUAACGUAUCUGCGUCCUGACGAGCCGCACAUCCAGGAUGGCCAGACGCUUCUCAAGAUGCUGUACGUCCAGAACCGCGUCCAUGUCUACUGUCAGCGCCCCGCAGCCCCAACUGUGUGGAACGUGUUCCGGAGCAGCCGCUUGCACCUGCAGAUCGCCGCUGGUGGAGAGUACAGUCAGUAUAAAGGGGCCACCGUGCAGGAAGUCUACCAGGCACAUCGCGAGCGUACGGAGUGCUACGAGGGAAAACCGCUGGGGCUUUCGGCUCAGGAGCACCGAAUUGUCUCGCUGGCCGCCCACAGCCACGCCUGUUAUGGCAUCUACACGGACCACCCGUUCGUCCUCACGCUGGUAGUCGUCAGCUGCGACCUUGAGCGGGUGGCGCAGUUUUCCUUCGGCUUCGUCUUGUGGCUGAGCAGCCCGCACCUGGCGGACUCGCUGCUCUGCCUCUACUGCUCGGCUGCGGCCUUGGGCGCCCAUCUGGCGGGCGUGGUCGUGGUGGGAAUUGCCCUAUUGGCAUCUGGCGACGGACGACCCCUGCGACUGAGGCCGCUCAAGGGGAAUUUUAAACAGGUACUUGAAGAGAAGCCAACUGUGAUGGCCCUGGCGUUGGUGGGUGGUGCCUGGGCGCUCCAGUCCACCUGCCAGAGAUUCAGUUCCCUGUGGCGGCGCCCUCUACUGCGCUGCCUUCACCGCCGCCUGCUGAGGAUCACCGCCUACUGGCUGAUCCUCACCGCCUCCGAUCACAGGGGCUUCGGAUGGGUCUGCCUUUCGGUGCUGCUGCCCUGGCCGGAACUCUGGUGGCUGCUGCGCUGGCUGAGGACCCAAUACGUUCGCCACCAGCGACGGCUUGUGCCCCCAAAGGCUCGCCCGCUGCUCAGCGAGGAGGAGUUUCAAGCACGGUCGCGAUUGGAAACGCUGCGAGCUGUGAGGGAUUUGCGCGACACUUUGCGCCAGAAUCCGCCCUCAUGGCAGCUGGUGUCACAGCUGCAGCAGCCGCAGCACUUUGCCAGGUUUCUGAGCGGUGGCAGUCACUUGGGCAACCCUCGCCCUGAUUUUGACCCAAUUUUAUCGCAAAGAAAAAGAUGUUAUGGUCCUGACCAUUGUUCAACCCAAGGAAAUAGCAGUAUCAGCAGCUCGAAGAUUCGUCGUCGACAUGAGAAGCGGGAGCGACAGGGCGAGGAGAAUAGCAGUGCCUCUAACUGUGAGUGCUGCUCCGUUUCAAAUAUUCUUAGUCGACCCUCCACGUGGAACUGCCUCAACAGACGCCUUCGGUUGACGCUUAACAGAAGCCAGGAGGAGUGUCCAGAGACUUUUUCCUCCUCCAGGAGUUCGGUGAACAUCUUAUACCGCAACCCAAACUUUGCAAGCCCCGCGUGCAGACUCGACGAUCAUUAAGCUUGGCGAAACCUAUUUUGAGACAAUAGAAUUGACGAAGCAAUCGAAUGGAACUCAAAGGGAGGCAGGCCACUUAGGCCUGAAAAAGUAUCCUUUUUGGGGAAGUCGGUGGAUACCGACUAUUGGAAGAGGCAUGCAAAGUUCACAAGCAAAAAUGCAUAGCAGGCAAAGACUAGUUCCAAGAUUUUAAACGGACAGACCAUAUGAACCUAUAAAAAAAAUCUUGUAAUGGCAAUCGACAACAAACUGGAAGAUAUUGAAAACACGUUUUAAUAGGUUUAAAUUUUUAUAUGUUUAAAUUUAAAUCUGUAAUUAUUUGCUUAAUGGUUAUUUACUAAACUUUUGAAAUUGUAAACAC